AUGUACCAGAACUGCAACAUACGGGAGAAAUCCCGGGAAGGAAGGAAUGCCCAUUGUUGUACAGUUGACAGAAAGGAUGGCGCAAAUAGUGACACUGGGAUAGUGAUUCAGAAUUGCACCAUCACAGUGGCACCAAAUUUUGAACCGUCAAAUUCUGAUUUCAGAGCAUUUCUUGGACACCCAUGGCGAGAGUAUUCUAGGGUAGUGGUAAUGGAGUCUUUCUUAGGAGAUAUCGUAAAUCCUGUUUGCUGGACACCGUGGGACAAUAACUCUAGAUUGGAUCAUUUGAGCUACAUUGACUAUGACAACAGGGGUCCGGAGCUGCAACUAGUGGCCGGGUUUUCAAAUUGUAACCAGCUCCGGUCAAAUGCUACAGUUUACGGCUAA